AUGCUUGGGGGAUACCGUGUUUUCUAUGCGCUGAACUGGAUCUACAAGAAGAUCAACAUGCCUCGCUACUCCGACAUCCAGUCUUGGAUUGGUGGCCUUGUCGAGAUCAUGUUUUUCCUCGAUUUCUUGAACUACAGGUUCACUGGAAACAGCAUCCUGCGGUCCUUCGUCCUGAAAGUUGAUACCAAAAUCAACGAAAUCAGUGACCAGGUGGAAUCGAAAGUGCUGGGUUCAACCUCGCGAUCAGAGCGGGCUGACACUGAAGGUGGCGAGAUGAGGAGGCGGCGGAAGCAAGACGAAGAGCGUCCGAUGGAGGAUGUUUGA